AAGUUAUUGCAGAAGGUGUUAAAGUUCUAGAAUUAGAUCUAUGCUCAAAGUAUAAAGAAGAGCUUUUUUUAUAUGAACUUAAAAAACCAUUUAACAUACUUAUCUAUAGACAUAUAUAUCACCAUAGUUGUCUUGAGGAUUAUGUAAAAGAUCUCUUACAAUGCUCUGAAUAUGCAAUAAAAAUUGAAUAUAUUGAUUAUAUGCAUUAUUCUGAUACUUCUGAACCUAGUUCACAGAAUCGGGCACAGAAUACCUCAGACUUAAUGCAAAUUUCGCUACAAAUGAUCCAAAGUAUUAAAUCAAAAUCUAAAAAAAGAUUAUAUGAAAAAGGUAUAAAAAAAAAACCUACAAAUCUAAAAAAAUUAAUUGAUAAGUUGACUACUGAAAAUUUUGAUUCUGCAGAAAAUAUUAUUAUCAUGCAGUCAAGUUCAAUACCUGUUAGUGAAAGUGACCUUGAAUCGGUUGAUUUUUUUAGUUCAUAUUACCAGGUU